UCUGGGCACACUUUACGCACUCUAAAACGGAAUGGAGCAAUGGAGUCCAAUUUAUUUUUAAUUUUUCUAUUGUCGUUUUCAAUAUACAAUAAUGCCAGAGCUGAAAUCAGCGAUCAUCUGCGGGAGGACAUUCCGGAUAUAGACAUGGAGCCCCUAUCCUCACCCCAUCUCAAUGGCAAAGAGUUCCCAGCCGUUCCCCAAAACUCUGUGCAGACGCAUCCCAGGAGACACAUUAAGAGUAAGCGCCGCAUGAAAAGAAGAUACAAAUGCUAUUCCUGCGAGCCACCCUGCUUGGAUCCCUAUGAACUUUCCCAUACCUGCCAGAAUGCCAUUCAGUGCUGGAAGUCCCGCACACGCGAUGCUGAUGGUCAGGAGCACGUGUCUCGCGGCUGUAUCACCUCGCCGGACCAUCUGCCUAUGUACUGCAGCCAGAACUCGCUAAAGAUCAAUGGCCCCAGCAAACGCAAUACGGCCAAGUUCGUCAAUAUGGUCUGCUGUGCCGGCGACCACUGCAAUGAUGGAGAAUUUCCCGAACUGCUGCCCUUUGCCAAUGAUGUUACGGUGAUAACGGCCAAUACCAGUAAUAUAAGCAAGAUGUCGGCCGCCAUUUUGGGUCCAUUUCUGAUCAUCGCGAUGCUGGGCGCUGUGACCAUCUUCAUCAUCCGUCGCAACCAUCGCAAACGAUUGGCUGCCUCGCGCACCAAGCAGGAUCCGGAGGCUUAUUUGGUCAAUGAUGAGCUGCUGCGGGCCACUAGCGCCGGCGACAGUACACUGAGGGAGUACCUCCAGCACUCGGUGACCUCGGGAUCGGGCAGUGGACUGCCCCUGCUGGUGCAGCGCACUCUGGCCAAACAGGUCACCCUGAUCGAGUGCAUCGGACGAGGCAAAUACGGCGAGGUGUGGCGCGGUCACUGGCACGGCGAGAGUAUUGCCGUCAAAAUAUUCUUCAGUCGCGACGAAGAGUCCUGGAAACGGGAGACAGAGAUCUACAGCACCAUUUUGCUCCGCCAUGAAAACAUUCUCGGCUUCAUCGGCUCCGACAUGACGUCGCGCAACUCGUGCACCCAACUUUGGCUGAUGACGCACUACUUCCCGCUGGGCUCGCUCUUCGAUCACCUGAACCGCAACGCUCUAAGCCACAACGACAUGGUGUGGAUUUGUCUAUCGAUAGCCAAUGGACUGGUGCACCUGCACACAGAGAUAUUCGGCAAGCAAGGCAAGCCAGCGAUGGCUCAUCGAGAUUUGAAGUCUAAGAACAUAUUGGUCAACUCGGACGGGUCCUGCGUGAUAGCCGAUUUUGGACUGGCCGUCACCCAUUCGCAUGUCACAGGACAACUGGACCUGGGCAACAAUCCCAAAGUGGGCACCAAACGCUACAUGGCCCCAGAGGUUCUAGAUGAGAGCAUCGACUUGGAAUGCUUUGAGGCACUGCGCCGCACAGAUAUUUAUGCUUUUGGACUGGUCCUGUGGGAGGUUUGUCGCCGCACCAUCUCGUGCGGCAUUGCCGAGGAGUACAAGGUGCCCUUUUACGAUGUGGUGCCCAUGGAUCCCAGCUUUGAGGAUAUGCGCAAGGUGGUCUGCAUUGACAACUACAGGCCUUCCAUUCCCAAUCGCUGGAGCUCAGAUUCGUUACUGGCUGGCAUGUCCAAGCUCAUGAAAGAGUGCUGGCACCAAAACCCCAACGUGCGCUUACCAGCGCUGCGCAUCAAAAAGACUAUACAUAAGCUAGCUUCCGCUGAUGAGAAGAUACGCCUGGACUUUGACGAUUCCUGCGUUUAGUGGUUGUAGUCAAGCCUUAGCUGUAAGCGAUAUUUUAGGUGUACCACCUAGCUAGUUUAAGAUUCAUUCAUUGACAUUAUUCCCUUGCAUUUUCACACUAUUAGUUCGUACAUGUAUUAUUCAGAGUUAAGCCAAGAUCCCACGUGUUGAAUGAAGAACUAAGCCAAGUACAAGACCCUUGACAGCUUAUUUAUAGAAGACUAUAACAUAUUUGCCUUAUGUUUGGAUAGACUUUAUCGUUUCCGUUCCACGGUGAACUUAGCUCGACUGGGGGUGCCUUUGAAAUUGCCUUAAGUUAAAGUUAGCAUCGACUCUAAUAUAAAUUCUUGGGAUAUCAUCCUGUAUAGUUAUCAUUUCACUAUUUACCAUUUACCAUUGUUCAUCGUUCAUCAAGUGCCAUUUGCAAUUGAGAAUUGUAGACGCGUUAAUUGUAAGCUCACUCUUUGAACUCUACACUAAAUUCUUGACUAUAGAACUUGUCCAAGCUAUGAUAGAACCAUAAGCCACACCACCAACUGACUUGCUGUCCUAGUUAGUUAAGCCUUUAGCACCUAGUUCCCCACGCAUAGAAGCAUACACACACCUACUUGUAUAUUGUACAAAUUGCAAGCUAUUUAAGUUUUGUAUAGUCUAAACGAAAUGAAAUACACGAAUAAGCAUUAAGCAUUAGGAAA